AUGCAACGGGACUACAGCGUGAAAAACGACGGCGGUGGAACUCUCUACUCCUCCGUCCUCAGGCUGGGAAAGGGCACACCGGGGCCGACUCAUGGAGAGCUUGCCAGGAUUGCCGUGGAAGCACACAAACAGUGGCGGGAAAAGCACGGGGCACAUAAUGUUCCAGGUGUCACGACUGCAGAGUACUUCAACCCAAAGAGGGGCCACGCGAGGAUUAUGAUUUCAACCUCCGAAGCAGGAGGAAAGGGUGUCGCGAAAGAGCAGGAAAUGCCCGCACAUUACCUCCAGGAAAGUAAGCCGGAAUGGAAGGACAGAUCAAACCCAGAGCACUUCAACGGAGCCAAGUGCGGCGAAUUUGGCGUGAUGGGUCUUCAUGGGAAGUGCUAUCCGCAUGAUAUGCCGCAUAGGUCGAGGAUGAAGCCCAUGGUCGUCACAGUGGGAGAGAAGGAUCAGACGCAGAAAAAUGCAGGCCAGAGAAACCCCGGAGAGGCCAAAAAUAUUGUUAUUCACGCUCCUUGCAAUGGUGUAAGUCCACAAUCCUUGCCCUGACUAAUUUUCCAAGAUAGCUAAUAUCGGACAUGAACAGGUAAAACCAGGUACACAGGGUGCUCCAGAUAGCGGAGGUUGUGAUACGGUUAUGAGAAAGGCAGGAUACAGGGUGGUACCAGAUCAUACCAAGAUCGCCGACUCUUUUAACUUGGGCAAUUUCAAGAAGGAGAAAAAGCGACCCCUUGGAGAUCCCAACAACAGUGACCCCCCUGUACCCAAAUUUUCGGACGAAGAAAGAGCGCAAAGGAAACAAUUGGGGGAUGCUAGGGAUGCAAUGACGAAGGCAAGGUCGAAUGCAAGGAAAAAGGCUAAGGAGGAUGCUAAUAAACAACAACUAAGCAGCCCGGGAGGUGCUUCAGAUGGUUCUGGUGAUGAGGGCUUUGGAAAUUUGUUCGGCAGAAGUCUAAGGAAAGGCGGUAGCUCUCGUCUAAGACGAAGAGGGGGAAUCAGUAAUGCCUGGUGA